AUGUUACGCAUGCAGAUCUCACUGAUGUCAACUUUGCUUUCAUCAAAACGAAUUAGUAUACUCCUUCACAACACAGAGCAGCUCCAAACUACAACUGAAAAAGACUUCCUAACAAGGACCUAUAAUUUUUCGGCACAUCGUUAUAACUAUACAAAAUAUGGAAGCGCUUUUCUACUGUAUCGGAUAACUGAACAGUGUAAUAGUUGA